UUUCCUCUCAUAUACAAUCAUUUAUUUUUUAUAAAGUAUUUCUUACUUGUUUCAUGAUUUUCACUUGUACAAACUGUUCCCUGUUUCUUUCAUCUUUUCGCAUUUGCUUGUAUCAUCCCAGAUAUCUACAAGUUUUUUAUUUCGUUCGAUAGACUUCCUUCCAUUGAAAAUAUACCCAGUUGGACAAUAUAAUACGCCAAAUGACACCAUCUAUAGCCCUCGAUGCCACCGGCGCAUGCUCCAACUCUUUCCCCUCCACAAAAUCUACCUCACUUCCAGACUCCUUCCACAAACUUGUCACAGACCUCUCCAGAAUCCUCGGGCCAUCUUCUGGCCUCACAUCCGCCGACGUAAAUGUAGAGGAACUUCACUCCUUAAUGGAAAACUACAUAUCUAACGAAGACGAAUGGAAAAAAUAUGCAUUCGCAGACCUAAGUAGAGGCUACACUAGAAAUUUGGUUGAUGAAGGGAAUGGAAAAAGUAACCUAGUAAGACUCAAUCCACCCUCCCUCCCUUUUCUCUUCACCCUUGAAACCGCAAAACUAACCACAAACUCCCCAUCCAGCUAAUCCUCGUCUGGACCCCCGGAAGAGGCUCUCCCCUCCACGACCACGCCGACGCGCACUGUCUCAUGAAAGUCCUCUCAGGAACCCUCACCGAAACACGCUACACAUUCCCGUCCACCAGCACCCAAUCUUCCCUUUCCUUCGAUACCCAACCCGUCCCCGCUCCACCCACAAUAAUAAAAACUACCACCUACACCACCAACCAAGUAACCUACAUGUCGGACAAUCUCGGACUCCACAAAAUCUCCAAUCCCUCGCCACACAAUGUAGCAGUGAGUUUACAUCUAUAUACGCCGCCGAAUGCGGCGAGGGAGGGUUGUAAUAUUUUUGAUGAGAGGACUGGAAGGAAGAGUCAUGUUACACAGUCUAAUUUCUAUUCCGAGUUUGGGAGGAGAGUUGGCGGGCAAGUGUAGAUUGUAUUGUAUCUUAUUGUAUUGUAUGAAGAUUUUGAUAUAGGAGUCUAAACGUAAAUAUUAGACGUAGAUAUAGAUAUGGAUGUAAAU